AGGGUGCACAGCAUGAUCAAAAAUACAGAAAAUAAUCUAAUCAUUAUAUUUGUUUAUCUGUAUUCUAGGUGUUUUUUGUUGGACAUUCUAUAUUAGGAAUAAGCCCUUGAGAUGUACCAUCUUGUUUUCAAUGGGGUCCUUGACAAAAGUACCAUACACACAGUUACACAAAACAUUUGACAAAAAUAUCAGCAUACAAUUAAACCGAAUUUGACAAAAACCAAAACAUACAAAGGUGAAACAAGAAUGACAAAAAAGAACAACAGAAAUAUAGAAAACAAAACAAAAGGGGGAAAAAAGUAAAUAUCAAGACAAAAUGAGAAGAAGAAGCUUUGGUUUAUAGUUUGAGAGCAGUGUUUUGACACUAACUGCAACACAUAGACCAAACCUAAAUGUAAUACCCAUUUAUAAUUUUGUGUUAAUACUUUUAUUGUGAAUGACUCGGGGCGGAAGUGUUCUGUUGUUACUGCCGGCAAAACACAGCUAAUUGACUCCGUGGUCCUCAGGAACAUCAGCGUGGGCUGUUAGGUUGAGGGUAUGCGCUGGAAUAAAGGGGUGAGAGAACAGCUGGAUGCUGGGAUUUAACACAGACUCCGCGGUCUACCAGCGGUUUACAGUCGGUGCUGCGGGAUCUACCGCUGUUUGACGCUCCCUGUCUUUUUGCAGCGGUUCCUCUGUUCGAAGGAUGCGACGGGCCCGCGGUGCUCUGCGCACUGUGGAAACAACAACCAGCUGCUGUUCUGCCUCUGGAUGCCCUGAGCCUCACCGUCCAGCGAAAACAAACCCCGAUCGUUAGAAUCAGAGCAGAGGGGAUUAGAGGGCGUCGUGCAGCGACAUCACUGUCUCCUCCAUCCUUCCUCAGCGAGGUAUGAACAACAAUAAGACGUCGUUGGCUUUAUUCCUCAUCUGUUUGUACACACACAUCUGGGAAGUUGUUGUGCUGUAGAAUUUUCCACACUGAACUCAGUCCUUUCUGUUGGUGUGAUGGCUGUGUUGCUGGUACUUCUUCUCUCCGUGCUCCUCCUAUCCCUCCACACUCCCAGUCGAGCGUCUCCUUCCUGUCCUGUGAGCUGUCGCUGCUACAGCCUUACUGUAGAGUGUGGCUCCACCGGCCUGAGGGACAUCCCCAAACACGUUCCUCAAUCCACACAGACCAUCUUCCUCCAGGACAAUGUGAUUGGUCAGAUCCGUCGACAGGACCUAACUCUGCUGAGGCACCUGCACUACUUGUACCUGCAGAACAACACCAUUUCAGCAGUGGAACCUGGCUCUUUCCAGAACCAGGGUCAGUUGUUGGAGCUGGCUCUGAAUGGGAACCGGAUCCACCUGGUGACAGCUGACAUGUUUCAGGGACUAGAACAUCUUCGCAUUCUUUACCUAGCAGGAAAUGACAUCACACGCCUGCUGGACUACACCUUUCGUGGCUUACAGCGUCUGCAGGAACUCCAUUUGCAGCACAACAGUAUAGAGAUGUUAGCAGAACAGGCUCUAGUUGGUUUGUCUUCCCUGGCUCUCCUGGACCUGAGCAGAAAUAAUCUUCACACCAUUGGCCCGGUGUCCCUGCGACCUCUAGUCAGCCUGCAGGUGCUGCGCAUCACAGACAAUCCGUGGCGCUGUGACUGUGCUCUCCACUGGCUGAGGAGCUGGAUUGACGAGGAGGGCCAGCGCCUACUCAGCUCUGCAGAACGUCGGCUGGUCUGCACCGAGCCGCCGCGCCUCUCCCACCUAAGCCUUGUGGAGGUCCCGCUCAAUAGCCUGGUGUGUAUCCCUCCGCUGGUGCAGCUGGAGCCCAGGAGGCUAGCUGUGCGCCUAGGAGAGAGCCUCAGGGUGUCCUGCCAUGCCUCCGGUUAUCCUCGGCCACAGGUGACCUGGAGGAAGGCUUCCCAGGGAAAAGUGGUGCUUUCUCCCAGAGGCCUGGUUCAGGAGCUGGGUGCUGGAGGAGGUGCAGUGGGCAGAGCAGAGGAACCCUCAGAGGAAGGCAGAGUCAGUCUGCAGAAGACUGAAGGCGAGCGAUUUGACCCCGACACCGGCAGUGGAAUGCUGUUCCUCAGUAAUGUGACUGUGGCUCACGCAGGUUUCUAUGAAUGUGAAGCCUGGAACGCAGGAGGCGUGGCCAGGGUGACCUUUCAGCUUGCCAUCAACUCAUCCACUUCCUCCUCCUCCUCCUCUUCCUCCUCCAUCUGGGCCUCGUGGUCCCAGGUGUCUUCGCCAUACUCCCCCGCCUGGCCCCGCCUAAGGAACCACGGUCCUGCUUUGGGCUCAGAUGUGAGCCGGGAGCCCCUGUACGCUCUGGGCAGCAUGGCCUUCAGCGCUCUGGGAGCUGCUACCCAGACUGCCAUCGCUGUGGGCAUCUCUCUGCUGGCUCUGACUGCUCUGCUGCUGGUCGCCAUGAUCUACAGCCGUCAUCACCAACGAGACAAGGAAGCUGAUGGAGCUGAGAAGGAGGAGAGCAUCCUGUAUGUGAAUGACUACUCUGAUGGCCCCACCACCUUUGCCCAGCUGGAGGAGUACCGUGACGAGCGCGGCCAUGAGAUGUAUGUACUCAACCGGGCCAAGCCUGUGCUGCCCCCUGCUCCACCCACAGCCGUCUCCACCACUAACCUGGGUUGCCCCGCUCCAUCUGACACCUCCAGCCACACCCUCUCCUCAGGGCCGGGCCAGACCAUGAGUCCCACUCUGGCCCCCAACAAACAGCAGCAGCAGCAGCAGCAGCAGGAGGGCGACAUACGGACCAUGAGGAGAAUGGCGGGGGAGGGAGGGGAGGCUGAGCCUGUGAUCACAUCAGAGGCUGAAGGGAUGUUUCUUAAUCACACAGGCCUGUUUAUGGACUCUCAGAUCGCCUAUGAGAUCCACUGCUGAAGUGGGGAGAGGAUCCACUGCAGAACACAGGGUUUGUAUGUGAGGCAGCGCAUACGGCAAAAACUGUCACAUCUAAUCUGAAGAAAGUAAGGGUAACACACUGAUUUAACAGAAAUACUCAUCCCUGUAGAGUGAUUCACUUCUACAAGGCUCAUUUACUCUUAUUGGCGAAGGUUUACAUUACUGGCAGAGUUCACAGUCUGGUUUAUUAAAUCAAGCAUAGCACUGAGACUUUUCAAUACUGUGACACCAAAACAUCAGUGGUGAGUAGAUUGCCAUCCCAAUGCCCUACACUCAAAGACAAUUUUACCUGGACUAAGGUUCAUACUGAGCUGCACACACUGUCCUGUACGUGAACAUUUGGGUCAACAUUUAUCAGAACUACUUUCAUACCAAAAACCUUCCAUCAUCAUUGCUGUACAAGAGUUCAAGAACUGAGACAAAGCUCAUUGUGUUUUCCCCAUACAAAAUGGGGAAAGUCAUGUAAACUUCCAGUUAAUGAGCAUGUCCCACAUGCUCUAGUGUGUUUUUUAUCUGUUGUUAAUGUCUGGAUAUGUUUUAUUUAAUCUGAGACUGUGCAGGCUGUUGAAGGCAGUACAGUAAGUGUGGGACAGCCACAGCUGAUUUUUGUAACUAUUGGUUUAAACGUGAGGGGACAUGUUAAUCAUCACAGAGAACGGAUUUUAAGGGAAGGAGUCUUAAUCUCCCAUCAUUUGCCACAUGGAUCAGUUCUGAUCAACAUCCUGUCCAGUUCCAGAUACCCACAAUGAAACUCUGGGGUCUGUAUUGCCCAGCAAAUUCAACCUACUCUGGCUCACUUUGGAUUUGCUGCCUGACUUAGCCAGACAUUGAUGAUUCUGGUUAUCAUGAAGCUGGUUAUCGCACGGCUCACCCUGUUUUUUUUUAUGAGCAGGUUCACAUGAAAAAGCCAGGCUUCUUAAUUAGAGGCAACAUAAACAGAUAUUAGAAAUACUCCAGCAUAAUAUAUAAUAUGAAAUAGCAUGAAGUGGGUGCUGUGGUGGCAGAAAGUAAUAUUCAGCAAGGUAAACAAUAUAUAGAUAAAUCACAACUGAAAUUUAAUUAGAAAUAUUAGAAAUAUAGUAAGAAAUAUAGUUUAAAUAUUAAAAGUGGGACCAGUAUAAAUUGUUGGGAUUACUAUGAUAGCAUUAUUAAAACAAAAUCCCAACUGCUAUAUUAAGACACAUAUACAAAUAGUCUACUUGGAACAAUAAUGUGUGUCUGUAUGAUUUCUGCAUUAAAAUCCUUAAAAAGGCAUCUACUCCCUGCCUCAUUAAAAAUUCCAGAAUCUCUGAAUAUGCAAAUUAUUUCAAAAUUUUACCUGCUGGACACAAUAUGUCUCCUACUUCACUGUAAAGUCCAUUCUCAGUGGAUGUGCACUGGUGGCUUCAGGUUUCUACAUCACACUGUACAAGUUGCAUACUGGACCAGGACUGACAGGACAAUUUGUGAUGUCACAAAUCAUGCUGGUAGGCCCCGCCCCUUCAAAUCUGAUUUCCAAUGAGCACAGAAACUUUCCACUUUCAGAAGUUGAAUGUGAAAACAUCCUUCUAGUGUCAAACUCUGCACAGACAUCAUUUAACAGCACACUGUAUGAACAAGAAGAAACACUGAUUUCUGACUGGAGGGGGAAUUUAAGGUUAUUUGUUCAAGAAAUCAGCCUGAGUACCUUUGCUGAGUCAUAUUUGGACACCAUCCACAUAGAAAAGGUCUAUUUUCAUUCCAGCUAAAAAAAAUUAUUAUCGCAGUGAUCAGUAAUCAGGGAAUGUUUCCCUCUAAAAUCUAUUUCAGUCUCAAAAAUCCCAUAUCAGUCAGGCUCUAAUUACAGUGGCCAGUAAAAUGACCAGUAUUCUUCUGUUAUCAAACUAUUAAUAAUGACAAAUUCUCUAGUUAGACUGUUUCUGCUGGCAAAGCAGAGAGAUCUGUGUGAAUAAAGGUUUGAAAAAGAGAAGAAAAAGGAAUGUCUAAUAAUCUGACUGAACUGUUGUGCUUUGAGUAUGAGAGGAUGAUGGUAAUGCUAAUGUUUUAUUCAAUCACAUCACUGACACUAAAUAGAAUGUUUAAUCUGAUUCUAUGAACUCAUUAUAUGUCAUUAUACACAUACAUAUAUAUUAAACUAACUAAUUGAUUAAACUAUGUGCAUAUACCAUUUUUAACAAAAAAUAUGUUUUCAUUGCCUUCUUUUUUUAACAUAGUUUUAGAAAAAAAAUUUUUGUGAGUUUCAUGGCCACCAUAGUUUCUCCUACACACUUCUCAUUCCCAGGUUGUCAAAUACAGACACAACUGGUGUUCAGUUAGUUGCAAUCUGCAACUUCACUGCUAGAUGCCACUUAAUCUUACACAUUGGUCCUUUAAAACAAAUUGUACAAAGAAAAAUGAAGUCUUCAACAUAAAGAAAUAUUUUUGGAUCCUUUGCUCGGUUUUCCUUCUUAUAUAAUGUUCAGUGUCUAUCCAGAAUAUCUUCCUGUAAAUACAAGAAAAAAAGAGCUAUUUUUCUAAUCAACAGAAAUCUAAGGAUAUAAAAAAUCCCGUCUAAACCUCUCCAACAAUGAAUUACCUGGUUACCAUGGUGGUCUACCUCAGCCUAAAGUGAACCAACUUCAUGAUAUCAGAAAACCAGACAGGCCCCUGGUGUAGGUCCACUGUGGCUGUCAGAAAUUUAGAUAUUUACACAGGACUGGAAGUUGCAGUCUUUUGUGCCAUACUCCAAGAUGGAAAUUCAUAAAGAAGCACCAAUCAGAUUCUAAAGGAAUGACUGACUACAGAGGACAUCAGGCUCCACUUCACAUGUCACACCUUUAUGGUCAGACAGCUGUCUACGACUGACUGAAAGGAGAUGGUUUUAUUGUUUGUUUUAUGCUUCUUCUAAAACUUGAUGUACUGUGACAUAAUGACUAAGAAAAAAAUCUGCAUCUAAAUGAUUUUUUUAAUUUACCAAAUUUAACACCAGUCAGAACAAACAUCUUCUUUUAGCAAGUUACUUUCACCUCCCUUUCUUCACUCCAGGAGAAGGUCAGCCUGGCCCCAACUGAUGAAAUGGCAUGGCUAUCCAUACUCAACCACUAGAAGAAUGUUGGUGGGAAAAUUACCUCAUGUUAAAUUCAAACAGGAUUACAUCUUGGUUCUUGACUGUUUCUCUAUCUAUAGUCUGGUGUAUGCUGGAAGGACAGAGGAAUGAUAUUGCUUGCAGUGAGUGUUAAGAAAGGCAGUGGCGAUAUGAGAAAGCUGUGUUUGAAUUCCGCAUAUACUGUAUGGAAAUGUUACAAUGUGCUGUGUAGGUAAGAAAAUGUGUACGUGAAAAUUGCGAGAGAGCAUGGGACACCAAAACUGUCCCAUAAUGAUUUACACCUUGCCAUCUCUAUAUAAACAACCUGGCUUGGUGAGAUUUUAGACAACAAUGGAGGCUUUUCACUGAAUGUCUGUGUUCUCCAAUGUCAGCCUGGAUGAUGGGACUGUGGUACACAAUGUGUAAUAUAGCGCUGCGGGAACAAGUCCUAAAACCCAGAACUAAGCGGGCAUUUUAGCAUUUCGGUUCCAUCACCACAAAGUCAAUGGGUUGUUUAAAUGGGUUUUUGGUUAGAUGACUGAAAUAUGGUCUGUGGUUAACAUAGGCUUAGGAGAUUUUCACAUUUUGUUCUACGACAUAAAAUACAUCAGUAAAUACCCCACCUGUGAUUUUGUUUUAGCUUUUACUUGUCUUAAAAAAGGUGGUUGCUAAUAAGUAGCUAAAUGAGACUACAGAUGUUGUUGGUGACAUUAAAACACGGAGACUUAUCUACUCUCUCGUCCGCCUUUACAACCUCAUUGUGUUUAUACUUGCACUCUUGCAAACUAUUCUAACUCAAACUUUACAACUUGUAGACUUUAAUUACAAGAUUCAAUUACAAAUUACAAGUUUAGUGGUGGCGAUAUUGAAGUUAUGCAACUGUGGUGUAGUUCUUAUAUAGUCUAACAUUAGCAUUUUACUCCUGGUGAACGCAUUUACACUACAAAAAUAUAAAAAUGGCAUUUAUUUGUAAAGAUUAUCAUAAGCUUUAUGAUAUAACUUUCAUAAAGCUUCACCACAGCUUAGUUUCUGCAAUAAUUCAAAAUCCAGUGGGAAAAUUCCAUUGGUUUUUUGUUGAACCAGCAUGUUGCUAACCUCUACGUCAUCCUUGUAACCAACCCACAGAGAUUCAACACCAUCUCAGACACUAGAGGUCUUUACAGGCCUGCUCAGUUGCUAAGUAACCCAAGACCCAAGACCCAAGACCCAUGACCUGAAACCUGAGUGCCGCUGGAUCUAAACUCUGCAUUAGGCAGCUAAUGUUUUCCUCAAGAGUUGGUGGAGAUGAAAACAGAUGUAAAAAGAGAGUGAAUAUUGGACUUACAUUAAUCAGGUUGGUCCAAUGGGAUGAUAAUGUUGCUCUGCUGGGUGUGCUAGGCAACUGUACCAACUUUUUAAGGUGAGAAUAUGACAUAAUAUCCUCCCAAUAAAAUGUAGGCUUGUAGGCCCUACUGACCAAAAAAUCAGUUGUUGCAUCUUUAACUAUGCACAGUUUCCUAAGAAUUCACAUAACUGUCGUGUUGACUAGAAAGAUGUGGCAGUGCUAGCAUGCUAGCGAGUCCAAGACGCUCAAUAGUAACGUAUGAAAGGUUGAUCUAUGCUUGCUAAUUGUUAUUUGUCACAUUUUAUUAUUUCAUUCUCAUUUAGCAUAAACAAAAAAUCUUCAUCAGUUUUUUCUGGACAUGGAGGAUUUUUUAUGGAAGCCAUGUCUACAGGGAAGGACAUAGCAUUAUUAGGAAUGCCUGUCAUCUAGUGUAAUAGCGCUGCAGCAUUUCAUCGCUCCCCACACACAAAUUAAAUUCUCAGUCAUGAAUUUUCUUGAAAUAAGUGUCUGUGUUAAAGAGGACCUUCAGGAUGCUUUUGAUGACUCUGACGUCCUCCAUCAUUCUAAUGGACUGCAGUGCAGGCACUGUACAGGCCAACUGUUUAAAAACCUUGAUAAUGCAUGUCAAGUGAUGAGAAAACAAAACCCAGGUCAAAAAUAAACAGAAUGAUCACUGAA